GCCGGGCCAGCGCGCCCGCCCCGUGCCGCCGGAAGGAGGGCGGCUCCGCAGCGUGUGCGCCCCUCGCCAUGGCGGCGCCGUCGCGGCUCCUGAUACGCGGUGGGCGCGUGGUCAACGACGACUCCUCGCAGGUGGCCGACGUGCUGGUGGAGGACGGCGUGGUGCGGGCGCUGGGGCGCGACCUGCUGCCGCCCGGGGACGCGCCGGCCGGGCUGCGGGUCCUAGACGCCGCCGGCAAGCUGGUCUUGCCCGGCGGCAUCGACACGCACACGCACAUGCAGUUCCCCUUCAUGGGCUCGCGGUCCGUGGACGACUUCUACCAGGGCACCAAGGCUGCCCUGGCAGGAGGCACCACCAUGAUCCUUGAUUUCGCCAUUCCUCACAAAGGCCACUCCCUCAUCGAGGCCUUCGAGACCUGGCGAAGCUGGGCUGAUCCCAAAGUCUGCUGUGACUACAGCCUUCAUGUGGCGGUGACAUGGUGGAGUGAGCAGGUUAAAGAAGAAAUGAAAAUCCUUACCCAAGAUAAAGGUGUGAACUCCUUCAAGAUGUUUAUGGCCUAUAAAGAUCUGUACAUGCUGAGAGAUGGGGAGCUGUACAAGGUCUUCUCUCGGUGCAAGGAAAUUGGAGCAAUUGCUCAAGUUCAUGCAGAAAAUGGAGACCGAAUUGCAGAGGGAGCGAAGAAGAUGUUGGCUUUGGGGAUAACGGGUCCCGAGGGCCAUGAGCUGAGCCGCCCAGAAGCGGUGGAGGCAGAGGCCACGCUGAGAGCCGUCACCAUAGCCGGCGCCGUGAACUGCCCUCUGUGCGUCGUGCACGUGAUGAGCAAGUCCGCAGCAAGGGUGAUAGCAGAUGCCAGGAGGGAUGGGAAGGUGGUCUAUGGAGAACCCAUCGCAGCAGGUCUCGGCACAGAUGGCACUCACUACUGGAAUAGAGAAUGGCCCCAUGCAGCCCAUCACGUUAUGGGUCCACCCCUACGACCGGACCCUUCAACGCCUGACUUCCUCAUGAAUCUAUUGGCUAAUGGUGAUCUAACCAUAACAGGGUCUGACCACUGCACUUUCAACACCUGCCAGAAAGCUCUUGGGAAGGAUGAUUUUACUAAGAUUCCCAAUGGAGUGAAUGGUGUUGAGGACCGGAUGUCAGUAACAUGGGAAAAAGGCGUGCACAGUGGCAAAAUGGAUGAAAACUGGUUCGUGGCAGUUACCAGCACAAAUGCAGCUAAAAUCUUUAAUCUGUAUCCAAGAAAAGGAAGAAUAGCUGUGGGCUCAGAUGCUGACAUUGUGAUUUGGGACCCAAAAGCCACAAGGACCAUUUCGGCAAAAACUCAUCAUCAGGCUGUUAACUUCAACAUCUUCGAGGGCAUGGUGUGCCAUGGGGUGCCCCUGGUGACUAUUUCAAGAGGCAAAGUGGUGUAUGAAGCUGGAGUUUUCAAUGUCACAGCAGGAGACGGGAAGUUUAUUCCUCGUAAACCAUUUGCUGAAUAUAUUUACAGACGGAUCAAGCAGCAGGACCAGGUGAGUUGGGGCUAAGUGGGCUGUUAACACGGGCUGGAUUGUCACUUGCUCCUGGAUGCUGGUGAUGGCGUUGUCACAUACAAUUGGUUAACAUAUUCACAGGGUGUUAGAAGAGGUUAUGAACAAAUACAGCUGUCAAAGAAAAAAGUCAUUAUUGGAUGGAUGCAGUUUCUUUUGAAGAUUGGUGUCUAUCGGGUUUCCUAAUGGACCAAGUCAGGUUUUCCCAGGCAAGCGUAGGGCCCCUGUGGGCCUUCUGACAAUUGCUGUUAGUCAGGGUCCUCUGAGAAGCAGCCAUCCAGAUGGAUAAAGGUGUGACUUUUUUAAACACCUGGGAGAGAAAAUGGGUGGGAGCCCGGGAAAGGCUGGGAGAGCCCUCAGCCUGCAGUUCAAGCCUGGCCCCAGUGAAGGAGAGAGGGAGAAAAACAAGUGGUGGAAACAUCCUA